AUGGCGAACCGUGAUAUGCACCAGGGAGGUCCACAGGCUCGACAACAGUCCCCUGUAAAAUGGAGCAGGCCGGAAGGGAACUUUUUGAAGUGUAACUGGGACGCAGCAAUUGACUUGGCUGGGAAGAGAAUGGGUGUGGGUGUGCUACGUGAUUCUGUCGGUGAGGUGGCGGCGGCUAAGUGUUUAACCAAGCAGUACAUCACCGACCCCUUAUUUGCCGAAAUGGUGGCGGCUUGGUCAGCAGCUCAUCUCAUCCGGCAGCUUAAUAUUGACCAGAUAAUUCUUGAAGGUGAUUCCCUUGGGGUGGUUAGGUGCUUAACAGAGGAAGGAAAUGCUGGGGGUCUUAUGGGUCCAUUGGUAGAAGACAUUAAACAUAUAUUAGUCAGUGCCAUGAAUGGCAAAUUCGCCAUGUUUGUAGGGGGGCCAACUCGACAGCAGACAGAUUAG